GCGUUUAGCUAUAGUGUCUGCUCCUAUUGGUCGAAGCUCUUCAACGACUCCAUACACUGUCGUGCGUUUACACAUCGGUUCUACCCCCCCAUUAGCUGUAUCGCUGUUUGAUUGGUGGGUAGGAGGAGAUCAUGCGAAGUUGGUUUAAGCAGUAUAACGAGAGAGCAAAUGUUAUGUCAGUAUGUUUCUAAAGUGAGUAACUGUGUGGGCUUUUGUAGUGUCACUGUUAAGUGGAGUGAGCGCUAGUUGUCUAGCGCGGUAUCCAGUAUAUAUGACUGCUAGUUAUUGCAAUUAGUACCGAAGUAAGAAAGUCCUGGAAGGUUACUCGAUGCUGCUGCUCGGUGGUUAUAAUUCAGCCCGACUACUGAACUUUUCCUCAUAGACUGCAAAUCCUAAUGACUUGUACUAGGUAGAGCACUGGACAUCUUGUCUCCUAGACCAGCCAUGCCUCUAGAUGUAGCUAUGCAGCUUUAUCUUUCUCCUCCACUUAGACGAGAGAAGAAAAUAUCCUUCAAAAGGACUCCAAUGUGCAAGAAACCACUGCGGCCAUGCAUUCACUUGGGUAACUCCACCAAAGUAACUGACCAAGUGGCAGUGACUACGUCUGUCUCUCCAGGCAAAGUGAAGAAGCGUGUUUCUUUUGCAGACCACAAGGGUUUGUCUCUCACUACGGUUAAAGUAUUUUCUGAGUUUGACAAUUCGGAUGAUCUGAUGUUUGAUAUUACAGACUUGAUUGACAACAUGGUUGACCUGACUACUGUGGAAAGAGACACCUUUGUACUAAAUUUUGCACAGCCUUCAUCCGAUUAUUUGGAGUUUAGGAAUAGACUCCAUAAAGAUUGUGUGUGUCUAGAAAACUGCAUGUUAAAAGAUAAAGCUAUUGUAGGCACAGUCAAAGUGAAAAACCUUGCUUUUGAGAAGUCUGUGAAGCUUCGCAUCACAUUUGACACUUGGAAAACGUUCAGUGAUUAUGUGUGCCUGUAUGUGAAAGACAUCUAUGCAGGCACAGACAAAGAUACGUUCUCCUUUGAGGUCCAGCUUCCAGACAAAGUUUCACCACAUGAAAGAAUAGAGUUUGCAGUUUGCUAUGAAAGUGGUGGAUCAGUGUUCUGGGACAGUAAUAAAGGGCAAAAUUACCGAAUCAUUCGCUCAGAGCUUCAUUUGUCUCAAGGGGUGGCACAUUCAUUUAAUCAGGUCACCGAGUCUCGUGUAGACAAUAUGAACAUUUCAUUUGAUCAGUAUGGGAGUCCACGAUGCUCGCAUGGCAUAUUUCCUGAGUGGCCUAGUUAUUUGGGGUAUGAAAAAAUGGGACCUUACUACUGAUGUUACUAUGGAAAUGUCCUCUGCAUUUGGGACUAGGCCUGGAGUGCACACUUCUAGUAGCUUUUCAGCAUGUAGACUUUUCAGUGGACUGACAUUACAGAUCUAAAGUUAUAUGCAUUAACAGCUUUAGUCCUGGAUGUUGCAGCUGAAAGGUGGCCUGUAUGGAGGUGUAAAUAUGCAUAUUUUCUACAUUUUGUAGGAUAUGCCAUAGUGGAAGCAUCAUUUGUGGAGGAACUUUGGCUUGUUUUUCAGGGUUCAUGUUGAGCUACUUUGAAUAGUGGUUAUGAACAACGUCCUUCACUUUAGGCUGCUCAUCCAUUUGCAUUGUCCUGUUUAACAUGCAGCAACACUGCUGAAAGAAUUUUGUCCUGAUGACGACAGUUUGUGCCUUGAAGCUUUAAGUCACGCAAAGGUCAAUUCUCUGUAUAGCUAAGUCUGAGAUCAAAUCACUUGCACAUUGUGACAAUUUCUCUCUCUCCAAUAAAUGCUUGUGCACAACCCUGUUAUUUUCCCCCCCUUCCAGAUGUGUUCAGGGUUUGUGCUACAAGUUACUUGAAUGAAGGACGGUGUCUGAAGAACAAGAUGGAUGUGUAUUGAGACUGUGGACAAGGAUUUCAGGGAGAAGAGAAGUUUAGCCAAAAUGAUGCUUCCAAAUUGGAAAAUUUAUACAGUAGCUGAAUUCUAUAACUUUACCUCACUUGCCCUACUUGUUGGUAGCAAGGGUAGAAACUGUCAGUCACCUUAGUACACUGAUAGCUUUCCUUCAUUGUCUUUGUAACCUCAACUGCAGUAAUGUAUUGAAGUGUUCUUUUCCUAACUUCUCACUGCUUUUUAGUCAUGGCAGUUGGUCUCCAUCUUUAGUCAGUGGGUUUUAGCAGUUGGGCAUGCAUGUCGACUUUGGCUGCUGAAGCGUGGUGAUCUGUAAGUGUAACGAGUGAAUCAUGCCAUAUUACUGGAAAUUGACGGUUGGUUGGAAUGAGCAAGUUGCGGAUGUUUGAGGUAUGAAGAGGUCAUGGAGAGAGGUUUGGUAUUUGAACUAUUGAGGUCAUGACACUAGUUGAGCCUUGAAUGGAAUUUACAUUUUGCUGUCAGGAAAACAAAUAACUCUUCUUUACAAGGAUAUGUUUUUCUUGCAAUCUGUAGGACUCCACCUUGAAUUCAUUGACACUGCUGCUCUCUGAAUUUUUUAAUUCACACAGCUACUAUCAGACCAAAGGGAGGUUGAACUUUUUAAGGUGUCAGGGGAAGAUUGAUCUUAAUUUUGAGCCUAUUGUGUGACUGGGAAUCUGCGUUAGACUACCAGUGUUUUCAGUGGUAGCUUAGUUUGGGGUGGCCGAUGUAAGUAUGGUGUCCUACCUUUUUGGGGGUAGAGGGCAGGACUGAAUCUUUUAUCCAGUAGUAGCUGGAUCCCUCAACACUUUCUGGGUUGUUUUAGUUUUGGAAACCUUUGGCAUAGGCUUGCAGGGGUGCCAAAACUCUAACUUGUAACAGAAGUAUAAUUUAUGUAUGCACAAAAGUGUGUAAGUCACUAAAUUCAUUUUGAAUGUAUUGCACAUUUUUUUUUUUUUUUUUUUAAACUGUGUACAUAUUUAUGUACAUGGCAUCAAGUCACAUUUUCACGUUUGUAGAUAUCAAAGGUUAGGCAGGUUGCGGAGCAGUGUUUGGGUAGCUGUAUGAAGUGCAGUAAAACAGUUAAUCCUAUUUUGAACAGGUUUCCUUUGAUGGAUUUGUUCAUUUUAUUAAAGCCUGUUAAGUUUGUGAGCUGAGCUGUACCUGUUUAUGCUGAAAAGUUUACAUCCUGUUUUUAUGGCCUUCGAUGGUCACCAUUUAAAUCUAUUAUUUCUUAGUGCUUCAUUUCUUAGGCUAGAUAGAUGUCCCCUGCAAAUACUAAUGAAGUUUUUAGGUAUCUAGGUCUUGCCAGCAAAACUGCUCUGUAAAGCUCUACCCAUUUGCUGAACUGCACUUGUGUGUUGCAUACUGUAAUUUUGGGAAAGCUUGUACUGCUUCUGAAGUUUGUACUUAGCUGUAUUGGCAUUCCUCUCUAAAGUUUCAGAAGUCAUGUCCAAUGUUUUCUCUCUCCUAGAGUUUUAUCCGUGUGCAUCUGGAUAGGGCAUUACUGUUAGAUAUACACAGUAGUCCUGGGUGUAGCAGUGCAGCAUUUUUUAAAGGGAAAGCCAAGGUAGAUGCCUACAUAGUUGAAUAAACUGUGCAGUGUUGGUUGCAAGUAAGUUGAAUUUAAAGGUUGAGGGAUGGGGGGGGGGGGUGCUACCAUUACUGCAGCGUAGUUAGUUUUCUGAACCCUUUACUAGGUGUUACCCUUAUGACAGUAAUGGUUUUUACCCAUUUGAAUUCCUGUAGAUCCCUGCCUUUGUCUUUUUGUUACUGAGAUGCUUUCAUUUCUGUCUUAUCAAAAUUACAAGCACAGUUUUGGUUAUAUCCAAGGUUGGUAAAUGUUUCAGCAUUAGCUGGUAUUUAAGUGGGCUGUCUUGUGUUUGGAUACACAGGGUAGGGGGAGGAUUGAUCUUGCUGUUGGCUCUACUUGAUGUUACAGGUCCUGGAUUACCACCAGCUGUUAAAUGAAAUGAACUGAUAGGAAUGGAGUAUUUUGGUAUCUAGGAACACUGAACCCACUUAAAGCUCAAUUCCAAAGCAGAAUACGCCAUAGAAAGCUAUGACAUUUUGGUUACAUCUCUUAAUGCAGUAACCAGGCUUUCUUAGUGGCUGCAACUGUCUUGCACAUGUUUGGCAUUGCACUGCAUAUGUUUAAACUAUGCAUUAACGAACAUGGUCGGAUGGGAAUUAAAGUGGUGGUAAGCACAUAAGAAAUUUGUUUUUGACCUGUUCUGCUUCUCACCCCCACACCUGCUUUUAGUGGUUCACACAAAUGUGAAUGUAGGAUUUUAAGGCUUGAAAGUGCCUUGUUAAAAGCAUUGUCUUGCAUGUUCUCUAGAAAAAUUUGCAUUUGUACACUAGAAGAGAAUGCACUUUAUUCACAGCAGAACGUGUUUGUUUUUUAAAGCAGUGACAUUGUAAUAUUUUAGAUAUUGGAUGUAUAUAUAAUGUAAUAAAGAUCU